GAACGAGCGGCUAGACUAGAGCCUGAGCUGGUGCUGCUGACCUUGGACUUUGUUGGAGCUGAACUGGGUUUCAAAUUCGAUAAAGUCACAAUGAUCCAAUUCAGAAGUUCUUGUUUACGUCUUCAUGUAUUACUGCAGUCAUCGAAUGUUUUAAACCCUUGUUUUUCUCAACGCUAUAUUCGCACGAUGACAACUGCAAAUCGACUCGACUUGAGCGGUGUGAUGCCACCUAUCGCUACUCCUUUUGACCAUGAUGAGAAUAUUCGAUACGAUUUGUUGGAACAAAAUCUUAGUAAAUGGAGUCACUUUCCAUUCAGAGGUUAUGUGGUGCAGGGUUCUAAUGGAGAAUACAUGUAUCUUACCAAAGAGGAGAGAGUUGAAAUGGUUCAUCGAGUGCGUCAAGCUGUUCCAUCCAACAAACUCAUUGUAGCUGGAUCAGGAUGUGAAUCAACCCGUGAUACAAUUGAGAUGAGUCAGAGAAUGUCUGAUGCUGGUGCUGAUGCUGUACUUGUGGUAACGCCUUGUUUCUAUAAGAGUGGAAUGACUGCAGAAGCCCUUAUACAACAUUUCACGAAGGUAGCAGAAACCAGUCCUGUACCUGUCAUCUUAUAUAGUGUACCUGCUAACACCGGAGUAGAUCUUCCUGUUGAGGUAGUAGCUAAGAUGUGCAGUCAUCCCAAUGUCAUCGGUGUCAAGGACAGCGGAGGUGAUGUUUCCAAAAUUGGUUUGAUGGUUCACAAAACAAAAGGAGAAGAUUUCCAGGUUUUAGCUGGUUCAGGUGGAUUUUUUAUUCAAGCAAUGACUGUAGGUGCAGUAGGGGGAGUCUGUGCUGUAGCUAAUGUUCUUGGUGAAGAAACAUGUCAUCUAUACCAGCUUUUCAAAGAUGGAAAGAUGGAAGAAGCAGUAAAACUUCAACAUCGCAUCAUUGCUCCAAACGCUUGCGUCACUAGGAAGUUUGGUAUCCCCGGCUUAAAGACUGCUAUGGAUUGGUUUGGAUUCUAUGGGGGUCCUACACGCUCCCCAUUAGUACCCCUAUCACAAGCACAGGUGGAUUCUAUGAGGAAAGACUUUGUGGAGAAUGGAUUCAUUCCAAACGAAUGACAGCCUUAAGAGGUGAUCAGAUUGUAUGAUCUUUUGUAAUUGGACUUUUGACAAGGCUCCAUGGAAAUAAUGUGUUUCACCAUUAAACUACAAUAAA